AUGUACAAAACGAACGCGUCACCGAUGAGUAGCACGACCAAGCAGCGCAAGUCGCCAUCGCUGGCGGCCGACAUCGCGGUCAUGCGCGAGCGAGAGGGCAAGCGCGAGCUGCUGAUGAUCAAGCGAGGCGGCCGCACCUUCCACGGCUGCCUCGCCUUCCCGGGCGGGUUCGUGGAGUACGGGGAGGAGCCCAAGCACGCCGCCCUCCGCGAACUGCAGGAAGAGACGUCCCUCGUCGGCACCGACCCGCAGCUCGUCGGCGUUUACGGCGACCCCGCUCGUGAUAUCCUCUCACCUCUUCCCCGCGUUGAUUUCUCGACCAUGAAGGCGGGUGAUGAUGCAGCUCACGCCGACUUCUACGAUGUGGAGGAGCUCAAGGGCCAAACCGACAAGAUGGCCUUCGACCACGCCUUGCUGCUCCACGACCUUCUUGAGUUCGUCAAGAAGCACAACAUCGACAUCCCACGCGCGUAG